GUGUAAUUAUCUUCAAGAUGUUGAGAAGAUGUCGAACAAUGAAUUGUCUUAUUUUAUUAAUAAUUUCCUUUAUUUUGGUCUUCAUUUUAAUUAGUAAACCGUUGUCUGAUAAUCAUCAAGAGAAUAGGUUGGAAGUUGAAAAGUUGUUGUUGGUGAAAUUGGAGCAAAGAAAUAGCCAAAGAAUUUUAAAGAUACAAACGACUUGUAAGAAAUAUAACUUGGGAAUUUAUCAUGAUGAAAAACGAAAUCAAGAGUACAAAUAUCCUCCUGCACCUCAGUAUGGAGUCUUUUAUAUUGAUCAAGUUCAUAAAUUAUCCUACUGUCCAAUUUAUAAAGCUGGUAGUACAUCGUGGCUCUACAAUAUGUGUCUUUUGAUGAAUGUACCAGAGUUAGAAUUAAAUAGCGGUAGAGAACAAUUAUCCACAAUAGCCCGGCGAGUUAUGCCCCAGCUAGAUUUUCCAGAAGUCGAGAAUGCUAUGUUGGGAGCGUUGAAGCUUCUUAUUGUACGACAUCCGUUUGAAAGAUUGUUGAGCGCUUAUCGAGACAAACUCGAAAACUCUGUUGCCGGAAGGGAGCAUGGAACACUACACUUUUAUCGUAAAUAUGGGGCGAUGAUUGUCAAGAAAUAUAGAGCGAAAAACUUGACUUCACAAAAGACUAAUGAAUAUAUCAGAAAGGAAGGAGUACCAGCCCCUGCUGGAAUUGAGCCUACUUGGCAAGAGUUUGUGGAUUAUUUGAUAGACACUGACUUGGCAAAUUAUGGAGAUGAUCACUGGAUGCCAUAUUAUUUAUACUGUACUCCUUGUUCGCUUAAUUACUCUAUCAUAGCAAAGGUCGAGACUUUGCAGCAAGAUCAAAUGUUUAUAAUUAAGAAACUUGGAGAGGAAGACCAGAUUCAACCAAAAUGGCGACAUAGCGGAGGAGAAAUGAAUGCAUCAAAGAUUUACUUUCGACAAUUAGACAGAGGAAGGAUUGAUAAAUUAUACAAGAAGUUCAAACUUGACUUUGAAAUGUUUGACUACUCUCUUGAAGAAUACUAUUCGUAUGCAUCAUCGUAAGUCUUUGACAAGUAACUGCUUGAGAAAGAGAAUAUCAAAGAAAUUAAAGAAAGGAGAAAAAUACACAAUCUCUAAGACAUAUUGAAAUGAAUGAAUGGACUGAAGAAAAUAAUGUUUAGAAAGUGUUCACAAACUGUCUGGUGCAUGAAUCGAUCGACCCACUUUCAACCCCGGCUCUACAUCAAA